GUUUAAAUAGUUAGUUGCUUAUUGGAAGUUAAACAAGUACGAAGCAUUUUUGGUUGGGCGUACCCCUUGUAAUUGACAAGGAAAUGCGUCUUCCCUGAAAUGAGAAACAGCUUUAUGAGAAGCUGGCAUCAAGUAGAACUUCGCGUAAAAUCUUGUAGUAGAACCACUAAAUAUCAGCAAGAUUUCAAAUUCUCCACUGCGGUAUUUGCCCAAGAAUACCCUUGUGUUCCAAUCCGCAGACGCCGCAACCAAAGGCAUGAGUUCGCAAAACUCCUGCAAGAGCCCGCGUCUGGCAAUCCAAUUUCGUUUUGCAAAACUAUUCACGCCCAGAUUGUUUUAUUUGGUUUUCAAUCCGAUACGUUUCUUGGGAACAUUCUCAUCAGGGUCUAUUCUAAAUAUGGUGGCUUGUCGUUCGCACGUGACGUGUUCGAUAAAAUGCCUGAAAGGAACUUGAUAACCUGGUCUUCAUUGAUUUCUAUGUAUGCCCAGCAUGGUUAUGGGAAAGAAGCUUUAUUAUUUUUUUCGGAGUUUAGAGGUAGUUCAAAUGAGACACCAAAUGAAUUUAUAUUGGCUAGUGUUUUUCGCGCGUGCACACAGUUGGGUGAUGAAGGAAAAGGGGCACAAUUGCACGGUCUGGUUGUUAAGACUGGAUUUGAUCAAAAUGUUUAUGUGGGUACUUCCCUAAUUGAUUUUUAUUCAAAAAACAAUGAGAUAGAGAAAUCAAGAUUCAUUUUCGAUCACCUUUCUAUCAAAAGUGCAGUUACUUGGACUACUAUUAUAACAGGGUAUGCAAGGAGUGGGAGGAGUGAAGUUUCAUUGCAGCUAUUUAACCAAAUGAGGGAAACUGAUGUAGUCCCCGACAGAUAUGUGCUAUCUAGUGUUCUGAGUGCAUGUUCAAUACUUGGAUUCCUUGAAGGGGGCAAGCAAAUUCAUGCUUAUGUAUUGAGGAGGGGAACAGAAAUGGAUGUUUCUGUGAGUAACGUGCUGAUAGAUUUCUAUGUGAAGUGUGGUAGAGUGAAAACUGGACGAAAACUAUUUGAUAAGAUGAUAGUUAAGAAUGUCAUUUCAUGGACCACAAUGAUUUCUGGGUACAUGCAAAAUUCGUUUGAUUGGGAGGCCAUGGAUCUGUUCAUGGAUAUGAACAGAUUGGGUUGGAAGCCAGAUGUGUUUGCUUGUACUAGCGUUCUCACUUCAAGUGGUUCACUUGAGGCUCUGGAACAGGGUAGACAAGUGCAUGGUUAUGCUAUCAAGGCAAAUCUUGAACUUGAUGACUUUGUGAUAAAUGGCUUGAUUGACAUGUACUCAAAAUGCAAUUCUUUGACUGAUGCAAGAAGAGCUUUUGACAGUAUGACCUAUUUCAACGUGAUAUCAUACAAUGCAAUGAUUGAGGGAUAUUCGAGACAGGAAAAUCUGUAUGAAGCAUUGGAUCUUUUCCAUGAGAUGAGGAUCAGGUCACUCUCACCAAGUCUUUUAACAUUUAUAAGCCUCCUUGGCGUCUCAGUUUCACUACUUACUGUGGAAUUAAGCAAGCAAAUUCAUGGUCUCAUCAUGAAAUUAGGGGUCUCUUUGGAUAUAUUUGCUUGUAGUGCCCUUAUAGAUGUUUAUUCCAAGUGUAGCUUUGUUAAAGAUGCAAGACUUGUAUUUGAUGAGCUGAAUGAGAAAGACAUUGUAGUGUGGAAUGCUAUGUUUUCUGGAUAUGCUCAGCAGUUGGAAAAUGAGGUGGCUGUCAAACUCUACUUAGAAUUCCAGUUUUCAGGACCCAAACCUAAUGAAUUCACUUUUGUUGCGCUAAUAACAGCAGCUAGUAACCUGGCAAGUCUCGCACUUGGUCAGCAGUUCCAUAACCAGCUUGUAAAGGCAGGUCUAGACUUUGACCCCUUCGUUACAAAUGCAAUGGUAGACAUGUAUGCUAAAUGUGGAAGCAUUAAAGAAGCUCGUGUAAUAUUUGAUUGUACUACUUGGAAAGAUGUUAUCUGUUGGAACUCCAUGAUCUCAACAUAUGCACAACAUGGUGAAGCUGAAGAAGCACUUAAGUUGUAUGCAGAAAUGAUAAAUGAGGGAAUAAAGCCCAACUAUAUCACAUUUGUUGGCGUGCUUUCAGCAUGUGGUCAUGCUGGGCUUGUUGAAGAUGGGCUUCUUCACUUCUACUCAAUGUCCAGGUUUGGAAUUGUACCAGGAACAGAACAUUAUGCUUGCAUUGUUUCUCUUUUGGGCCGAGCUGGUAAACUUCUUGAAGCAAAGGAUAUUAUAGAGAAAAUGCCAAUAGAACCAGCAGCAAUAAUAUGGAGGAGUUUGCUUAGUGCUUGCAGAAUUACGGGUAAUGUUGAACUUGGUAAGUACGCAGCUGAAAUGGCUAUUUCAAUUGAUCCAAGUGAUAGUGGGUCAUAUGUUUUACUUUCAAAUAUUUUAGCAUCAAAAGGUAUGUGGGUUGAUGUUAAGAAGGUUAGGGAAAGAAUGGACUGCAAUGGUGUGGUGAAAGAAGCAGGGUGUAGUUGGAUUGAACUGAAUAAUGAGGUACAUGUGUUUGUUUCUAGAGACAAAGCACAUAGGGAUGCUGAUUUGAUCUGGUCAAUUUUAGACAACCUAAUCCAGCAUAUCAAAGGGGUUGGUUAUGUUCCAGACACCACUGCAAUUUUUGAUGAAUGAUUGACCGAAAUAUGCAAUGAAUACAGAAUACAUAAUGCUGAUGUCACUCAAGAUAUGAUUGAACUGCUUAUGACCUUAUUGAUGUCAUUCAGGGCAGUAGAGUGUAUAUCAUUGCAUCUAUGUUGUAAACAAGAUUGAUCAGAUUACACUGGAAGAGCUGGAGAUUCUGGAUAAACUUCCUCGCUACUGUCCCAUCAGUGCUCACUGGAGCGGAACCUUGAUGGUCUGCUAGAGACGAUAUCGGAGUAUCUUAAUUUAACUCACAUAUACACAAAGCCUGAGGGGUUGAAUCCUGAUUAUGAGGAUUCUGUAAUCCUGAUUAUGGGGACAGUCGAGGAUUUCUGCAAUUGAAUUCACAAGGAUAUCCUUAAACAAUUUCAACUAGAGCAUGAACUUGAAGAUGAAGAUGAAGAUGUGCACAUCAGCAAGAAGGUGUGAUUACAGAACCAGCAACUUCACAUCUGAUCAGAUGGUGGUCCAUAUUGGAGAGAGUGUAUGUGAAUGUGCUUAGUUCGAUGAUACUGGAUUGGAUUGUGUACAAUAUUUACAGGCGAUUUGUUAUCAUAACAUAGCUUCAUAGGCCCAAUUCUUUGUCAUUACCCCAAAGUCCCCAAGGAUUGAUUAGUAAAAUAUGAAUGGUAUGUAAUUCUCUUUCAGUUGUACUCUCAUGUUAUAUAUGUUAGUACCUUCACUUGUAAAAUCUAUAAAUUAGCUAGUGUAGUUAGAGAAUGUAUGUUUUGAAAUGAUAAUUGAAUAUCAGAAUUUCUCUCU